AUGAGUGUCCGAGUUGUCGCGCGUAUCCGUCCCCUUCUCAAUUCCGAACGGGAAGCCGAUGUGAUCGUUCGUACAGGAUCUUCCGCUACCGCCGACUCCAAAUCACGCCAGUCAAUAAUUGGCGACAAGAGUGACAAGAGUGACAAGAAAUUGGCGGCAUUGAGAGACAGAGAUAAUGUGGUCCGGAUUCCAAACCCCAAGAAUGAGGGGGAGGAGUAUGCGUUCCAGUUCAAUGGCGUGUACGAUGCGGAAGUGUCGCAACAGGAGCUGUUUGAUGCUGAAGUGUCGCCAACAAUCAAACAUCUUCUCAACGGAUUCGACGUGACCCUCUUCGCAUACGGUGUCACCGGAACAGGCAAAACACAUACAAUGCGUGGCGGGAAAACCUUGGCGGACCGAGGUGUAAUUCCCCGUCUACUCAGUGGCAUCUACAGACGCAGUCGGAAGAUUGAAAAGGAUAGCAAUGGGGAGAAGACAGUCCAGGUUGCCCUGAGUUAUUAUGAAAUCUACAACGACAAGGUGUUCGACUUGUUUGAGCCUCUCGAGAAGCGCACAAUGUCAGGUCUUCCCCUCCGGGACAAUGGCGGCAAAACUGUGGUUUGCGGCCUGAGUGAGAAGCCGUGUACCACUUUGAAGGAGUUUGAGCAGCUAUAUGAUCAGGCAAACACUAACCGAUCCACAUCCGCAACCAAGCUCAAUGCCCAUUCGUCUCGAUCUCACGCCGUUCUCGGUGUGAAGGUCACCAUCACCUCCCCUAACAAGGUUCGCGUCAGCACCGCUUCCGCUAUUGAUCUCGCAGGAUCCGAAGACAAUCGACGGACGGAAAAUGAUAAGGAGCGCAUGGUAGAAUCGGCUAGCAUCAACAAGAGUCUGUUCGUUCUGGCACAGUGUGUCGAGGCUAUCAACAAGAAGCAGCAUCGCAUCCCAUAUCGCGAGUCCAAGAUGACAAGAAUUUUGUCCUUGGGACAGAACAACGGCUUGACAGUGAUGAUUCUCAACCUCGCGCCUGUCCGGUCUUAUCAACUUGACACAAUUAGCUCUUUGAACGUCGCCAAUCGCACACGGAAGAUUGAGGUCCGGGAAGUAGAAAACGAUCCCAUGUUCAAGGGACCGGCCCGGCCAUCGAUCCGGCCAUCUAUGGGCACUCGGCAACCUUUGCGUGCACUGACAGCUUCUGUGAAUGUCAAUAUGCCAGCACCCGCUGCGAAGGACUCUGCAGAAAAGGAAGACGGCAAACCCGUCAAGGCAUUCAGCGUAUAUUCGGACAAGCCACAGCCCAAGCUUAUUAGCCAGCUCCGGAAACCGGACGGACCGAAACGCACCUCGAUCUCCAACGCUCCCUCCGCCCUUCCAUCAUUGAAGUCCGCUCGUCAGGCCCUGGGCCCGCAGCCCAGCGCGCGCCAUGACGACUUAUCGGCUGCUAGGAUCGAGGAGAUGGUUGAGAGGAAGGUCGAGGAGAUCUUAGCUGUGCGGGCUGUGAGCGAACAAUCGAGGCAGACACAGGUUCAUGAGCUUAAUGAGCAGCUUCAAAAGCGAUUGGAACAGUUGGAGCAGCGCAUUGAUGGUACAGAAGAUGCGCGGGCUGAGGGUCUGUCCUACCUUCUGAUGGCUAAACAACAUCAGGCACGUGGUGAAGACGGCUCAGCCCUGAGAAUGUACCAGCUGGCAGCUCCCCACUUCCCCCACAACGAGAAGCUAGCAGGCAAGAUUGCUGCCCUGAAGGAGCGUGUCCAUGCAAAGGCUUGGGAGGAAAAAGCCCAUUCCCCGCCUAAGGGGAGGGGUAGCAUGCUUUCCUUCAAGAAUGAUGUACCACAAACCCUUGGCAAACGCCAAUCAGAGAAUCACGAGGAUACCUACAUGGACCAGACUCAUGCCGGAUUUUCAAGCGACGAGGACGUCCCUCGCCCAAAACAUAAGAAGCGUGCUGCAGCCAAGCUCGGUCAGAUCGAGGAAGCCCCCGAGCUCCUUGAUAUUGAGGACCCGUCCAUCUCUCCCCGAACUAUGCAUAUUCUUUCCAUUAUCAACUCGCGGGACGUGAGCCAGAUCAAAUUGCUCAAGGGAGUGGGCGCCAAGAAGGCAGAGGCUCUUGUUGACUGCCUCUGCGAGAUGGACCAGGCAUCAUUGGAUACAAACAGUGGAAUCUCAGACCAGUCCCAAUUCCAGGUCAACAGCCUGUCACAACUGAGCCAGCUGAAAGGUGUUGGGGUCAAAACGGUCCAGAAUAUGAGACAAGGAAUAUUUGCUUGA